AUGUUUCUAACUAGAAGUGAAUAUGACCGUGGUGUUAGCACAUUUUCACCUGAAGGUAGGUUGUUCCAAGUGGAAUAUUCUUUAGAGGCUAUUAAGUUAGGAUCAACUGCUAUAGGCAUCGCAACAAAUGAAGGUGUUGUAUUAGGUGUAGAAAAACGUGUUAACUCUCCACUUUUGGAAUCUGGUUCAAUUGAAAAAAUUGUUGAAGUUGAUAGACAUAUUGGUUGUGCAAUGAGUGGUCUUACAGCAGAUGCACGUUCUAUGAUUGAACAUGCUAGAGUAUCGUCUGUUACGCAUAAUUUAUACUACAAUGAAGAAAUAGGAGUUGAGUCUUUAACGCAAUCCGUUUGCGAUUUAGCAUUAAGAUUUGGUGAAGGAGCAUCUGGAGAAGAAAGAUUUAUGUCUAGGCCAUUCGGUGUUGCUUUGUUGAUAGCAGGAUAUGAUAAGGAUGAGGGGUACCAGUUAUAUCAUGCGGAACCUUCUGGAACAUUUUAUCGCUACAAUGCAAAAGCAAUUGGGUCUGGGUCAGAAGGUGCGCAAUCUGAGCUUCAAAAUGAAUGGUACUCCUCAUUAACUCUCAAAGAAGCAGAAUUGCUGGUAUUGAAGAUUUUAAAGCAGGUAAUGGAAGAAAAGCUAGAUGAAAAUAAUGCCCAAUUGAGUAGUGUUACGAAGGAGCAUGGUUUCCGUAUUUAUCCUGAGUCGGAGACUGGUGAAAUCAUUAAGGAGUUAAAGGAAAGGGAAGCCCAGGAAAAUACUGACAACCAAGACGUCGAGAUGUCUGGAUAA